AUGAAGUGGUACUCGCUCGUCGCCGCCAUCGCCGCCGUGACCACCGCUCAGGAGCCGCCGCUGCUGCCCAUCAACCACCUCGCCAUCCGUGCCGCCGCCGACUUCAACCCAACCGAUAGCGCCUCCGAGGCUUGCUUUACCGCCGUCUCCAAGGUCCGAGAAUGCGUGAGCCUGGUCGGCGAUGUAGAGAUCAUCACGGCAGCUUCGAGCAUCCUCGAAUGCGCCUGCUGCCUCACUGGCAGUCAGCGUCCCACGCCCAUGGCCGACGCCUACUCGUCCUGCUCCGACUACCUGUCGUCCAGGGCUCCCUUGCUGACCUCUGCAUAUCCUCCGUACGGUGACCUCUAUUCGAUCUGCAAAAAGAGCGCCGCGUGCGGCAAGGGGAUGACGGCGACGAGAACGCCGAUGGUGACAGGAACAGCUACCCCUAGGAGGGAAGUUACCACCAUCUUUUCGUUACCUCUGGGCACCCACACCGAGUCCAUCGGUCCUCUGAUACCCGCCUGCUCCUCCAUGUUUGGUUUUUACGUCUCUUGCGCCGAGCACGUCUCAAACUUCGACAACCUGCCAUACGGCGAACAGGCACCUUGCUACUGCUGCGUCGUGAAUCGGGGCGCCACCAUCUGGACCGACGAACUUGACAAGCACGCACAGACUUGUCGCAACUGGGCCUCGUCUGGUGCCCCUACCAUCAUCUACGAAGUUGCCUCCACAUUUGCUUCCUUCUGUAAAACCUUCAGCAACGCCUGCGUUUCCCCCACUCGCACAUCUGCCGUGACCAUGGCGACCUUGACGGACGUCAUGAAUAUGGGCGGCACUGGCAGGGUGCAAUCUGUCCCAACCUCGGCCUCGACUUCGCGUUCCGCUGCUGCCUCGAACUUACGCUUGAGCCCUGCUGCGGGCUCUGCUGCGGGCUCUGCUGCCCUUGCCGUCGCCCUUGCCGCUGCUGUUUUUUGA